AUGGUCGUCAAAGGCAAGUUCCAAGUCCAGCUUGUGGAAGCAGUGUCGGAGCAGCCAUUCAAGGAACACUCCUUGACAGGCAAACCCGACGAGUGCUUUGCGGAAGUGGAGCCUGGGGCAGAGUACUUCAUUCGAGUCCAAUAUCUGGCUAAGGAUGAUGAUGAUUUUUUCGGUUCGGGUUCUGUCUUUGUGGCUGACCUGGAAGUCGAUGGGUGUGAUCUUGGCUACGAGCUGACAAUCGAAGAUGACACAGCCCAUCUGUGCGGAGGUUGGAAGCACGAGAAAGGUGCAUCAACUUCAACGUCCCUUAGAUUUGAGAGGCCAAGAAUCUCGACAUCAGCCGUGGCAGCUGACCAGCUCGAAGUGGCAUCGAUGCUGGGGCAAGUCGCUGUUUCCUUCUGGAAAGCCAAGCCUAAAAACAAGAAAAAGAAGAUUUCUCGUGCUACAUGUAAGAUAGAAUCUGGCAGUCUCAAUGCUCGCUCAGAAGGAAUUCCCAAAAAGGCUCUUGUACGCUCUGGACAAGGAUCGACGUACAGCACAGUCGAGGAAUCGUUGCACACUGUUGUCCACUGUUGUCCACGAGCGAGAAGAAACUGCGUUUGA